UACAUUACGGGCCCCGCUAUAUAAGAUAGCCGGCCAACCAUCCUAUCCCCACAGACCGAGCCAGAUCGGCAGACCGUUCACAGACGGACCAACCAACCGAUCUACCAACGAUCACAGAUACGCACACGACACAUCAUCCGUUCGGGACACCCGCGACCGGGACACAGAACCUGUCAGUCACAUCCCUCGCCGUCCGUUCGACACCGUUCCGGUCCUCCGGGAGAAAGUGAUCUCUUCCCGUCUCCUCUGACAACUGCGCCAUUGCACGAGAAUUUCAUUUUUAAAAAACGCUCGAUUCACGAGAUUUCUAAGGACACCACGAAAAUACGCUGCGUGACCGGGUACCGUAGGUCGGGGUGCCACCAAAUCCCACCUGUUGUGCGAGUGCAUCGAAGAAGCUCCGAAGAUGAUCCCACUGACAGCGACCACGUGCUUUCUAAUCGCUGUCACCUUCCUGGCGCUCGCCCUGAUUCUGCUGGAUCACCUGCGAUCUAGGAAGGAGACCACCAAGACCGUUGCCGUCGACGACGACGACACCCUGCCGGAACCGCCGGGUCCGAAGCCGUGGCCGAUCCUGGGCUCGCUCCACAUCCUGGGACGCUACGACGUACCCUACAAAGCAUUCGCUGACCUCGUUAAGGACUUCGACUGCCAGGUGAUCAAGCUCCGGAUGGGAUCCGUCCCGUGCGUGGUCGUCAACGGGCUGGAGAACAUCAAGGAAGUCCUCAACAUCAAGGGACACCACUUCGAUUCCAGGCCGAACUUCAUCAGAUAUAAUUUGCUCUUCGGGGGAAACAAGGAGAACUCUCUGGCGUUUUGUGACUGGUCGGAAAUGCAGAAAAGCCGGCGAGAGAUGCUACGAGCUCACACGUUCCCUCGAGCCUUUUCUGCUCGUUACAACGACUUAAACGGCAUCAUUCGCAUGGAAAUGAACAACAUGAUAAACCAUCUGAACUCGCUGUCGAACACCGGCGUGCACGCGAAACCAUUGAUUCUACACUCCUGUGCUAAUAUCUUCAUCACGUACCUCUGCUCGAAGAGCUUCCCCUUCGAUCACAAUGGUUUCCGCCAAAUGGUUCUACACUUCGACAAGGUUUUCUACGAGGUGAAUCAAGGAUACGCCGCCGAUUUCCUUCCGUUCCUCAUUCCGCUGCAUCACAGAAACAUGGCCAGAAUGGCGCAUUGGAGCCAUGCUAUUCGCAAGUUCAUCGUCGACAACAUAAUAUCUGAAAGGUCGAACAGCUGGAACGGCGUGGUCCCCGAGAAAGACUACCUGGACUGUCUAUUGAAUUACGUGAAAACUCGAACGGAGCCUCAACUCUCUUGGAACGCGGCUCUCUUCGUGAUAGAGGACAUCAUCGGUGGACACUCCGCGAUUGGAAACCUUCUGGUAAAAUGCUUGGGAUUCCUCGUCACGCGGCCAGACAUUCAGAAACUGGCGCAAAAAGAAAUCGAUUCCCUUGGUUUCACUGACAAUUAUGUUGGACUGGAGUACAGAAGAUCCUUGCCCUACGUAGAAGCCAUCAUUCUGGAGACUAUCAGGAUAAUCGCAAGCCCUAUCGUUCCGCACGUCGCUAAUCAGGACAGUUCUAUCGCUGGUUACAGAAUUAAGAAGGAUACGUUCAUUUUCCUGAACAAUUAUCAACUGAACAUGUCCACGGAUUUGUGGACCUCACCGGAGGAAUUCAUGCCUGAGAGAUUCGUGCAGGACGGACGACUAUUGAAACCGGAACACUUCCUGCCGUUCGGUGGCGGCCGGAGGUCCUGCAUGGGUUACAAACUGGUUCAGUACGUGAGCUUCGGUGUCCUGGCCGCGAUCUUGAAGAAUUACACGAUAAUGCCGGUGCCGAAGGAGAACUACACGAUUCCUAUUGGGAAUUUGGCUCUGCCCGAAAAGACUUUCAAUUGCCGAUUCGAAAUACGUUAAAAUUGAGACUUGAAGAGGACUGACUCGAUUCGAGAACAUCGGAUGCUUCAAGGAAGCUUUCACGGUAUUCGAAAUCGUUCGCCGAGCGAACGAGAAUCCACGGUGGACGGAGCUUCAUAGAAAUUAGGAGCGACGAGGAAUCAGCUGAAGAGAGGCUCCCGAUUUUUUAAACAAAGCUUUAUCAGAAGUUCGAAUGGUACGUGUCCCAGGACGGAGGGUCCGGGCCUCCUUUGUCAACGAGAGCUUUACUGACAUUACUAUAGGUGUUUAAGUUAAGGUAGCAAAUUAUAUCGAUCGUUUCUUUCUCUCUCUCUCUCUCCCUCUCUCUCUCAGGGUAUCUGUCCACUCGAGAGAAGAACGCUCUCGAGUGGAGAUAUAGCUUGGUAAACGUAUCGGAAACGAUCGGCUGUAGAGUCAGGAGAGAAAACUUGGACUGAUAAGAAGAGGACUGACUUCACUGCGAAUCUAUUUUAAAACUCUUAGGUAAAUCGAGUUUUGCCGGUCAUCUUCUUGCCUUUUUCUUAUAGCAUCUUCUAUAUACGCGUAUUCCUACGACGAAAUGACUCUAUCUAAUAAGUCUAUAGAAAAAAUGAAAUUAUAGGAAGAAUGACAAAAAUUAUUGCUCGAGCCUUAUCAGAUGACAGUCGUAAUUCGCGGUUUCAAAGUGGCUUUCUAUUACUUCUCGUAUUCUCAUUUUAUUAUUCUUCGAAUCGGUCGUAUCAAUCAAUUUCAAUGCGAUGAAUCGACCAAUGAUUCAUGAAGAAGUCGCUGAAUACCGCGAAUUUUCUGUUGAUCCAACGAUCACGUACGUAGGCGUCCGAUCGUCAUCUGAUAACGGCUCGUUUGAAAAACGAGACGCGAGAACCCGAACGGUUAGCGCUGAGAAGUCCGAUUUUGCGGUCUCGUUCAAUCGUGAUUUCUAAAUCCUAAUUAGGAAGUAUAAUUUGCGCCCCGUCGGAGCGGGUGAACGGUGAGCAUCGUUUCUUAAUACUCGACGGUAUCGGCAUCGAUUUUCAUCCAGUAUUGGAUAUCAGCGGUCACGAUUAGAAAAUUAGUAUUAUCAAAUUCGAAGUCGAUAGCGCGUAUGUUUUGGAAUCGUGACGAGUUGAGUUAAUUAUUUAGAAAAGAAGAUUGAAAGUUAAAGCUUUGUCACGGUUCUGAUUUUCUUACGAUGCUUGCGUAGGAAAAUUUUAAUGAAAAUGAAGUUUCAAAUUAAGGGGCGAAAUUGAUUUUUUAUUGUAAUCGAUUAUUACACGACUGAAUGACUUUCCUCAAAGAGGGAAGUCAAUUUCUCCGCGAGCUAAUCGCGGAUGAUAAUUUA